AUGGCCAGGGAGAAGAGACCUUGUGUGCACACGGCGUCGUGCCAGCUGCUGCACCGGAGGCUCAAGAAUAUGGGCGAGAUGCAGCUCGAUCGUCUUGCGUUUCUCGUCGCCAGCGUACGUCAUACCCGCUGCUUGUGCAGCUGCAUGCGCCUGGGGCUCAAGAAGAUGGGCGAGGUGUUGUUCGCGUCAAAGGUCGCUGGCAAGGUCACCGGGAAUGGUAUGUAUGUUGCCGUCAUUGGUAGCCUCAAGGGAGUGCGGCAUAAGAAGUGUGCUACUGCUUUUGCAGUCAGACCUAUAACUGAUUACAAUGAGGUCACGCUGCAUUUCAUUCAGUGUGUACGGAUGCAUAUACAGAACACCAAAUCAAAGGUUGGCAGUCCCGCACACACCAAUUCUUCCGUAGGAACCCCAUUUUCCAAUAGCAUGAGCGAAGCAGCCACUCCAACCUUUGUGAAAUCCAACUCAAUAAGCUGCGCCGAG